AUGUGGCGUCCCGUUCGGUGCAUCCCCCGCCGGUCGUUCCCGACGCGGUGCUCAAUGCUCCAACCCGCGCAAUUGGGCCUCAAAACCGCUUGUGUCGAGUCGCGCGGCAAAUUGGGCGGCACGUGUCUGAACGUGGGCUGCAUCCCGUCGAAAGCGCUGCUGCACUCGACGCACCUCUUGCACACGGCGCAACACGACUUUAAGAGCUACGGCAUUGACGCGCCCCACGUGACGGCGAACUUUCCGCAGAUGAUGAAGGCCAAAGACAAGGCCGUCCGGACCCUAACCGCUGGGAUCGAAGCGCUUUUUUCGAAAAACAACGUGACGUACAUAAAAGGGGUCGGCAAGCUCGCGGCCCAGGGCCAAGUAUCUGUGACGCGCGCGGACAGACAGGGCAACGAGACGAUCACGGCCAAGCACAUUAUCGUGGCCACUGGGUCGGAAGUCACGCCCUUGCCACCCGUGCCGGUGGACAAUGAGGCCGGCAAGAUCAUUGACUCGACCGGUGCGCUGGCGCUGGCGCGCGUGCCGGAGCACCUCGUGGUCGUGGGCGCCGGAGUCAUUGGGCUCGAACUGGGCUCCGUGUACAAGCGCUUGGGCGCAAAGGUGACGGUCGUGGAGUACCUCGACUCGGCGUGCUCGGGGCUCGACCGCGGCACGGUCAAGGACUUUAUGAAGCUGCUGAAGAAACAGGGCCUCGAGUUCCAAUUUGGCACGAAAGUCACGGCGUCGGAAGUGAACGGCGACGUGGUGACCCUCACGACGGAACCUGCGAAGGGCGGCGACGCGUCAACGAUCACGUGCGACACGGUGCUGGUCGCGACGGGUCGUCGCCCGUUUACUGCUGGCUUGGGACUCGAGCAGAUGGGCAUCCAGACGGACAAGCAAGGCCGCAUUGAAGUGGACGAGGCGUUUCAGACGCAAGUACCGGGUAUCUUUGCCAUUGGCGAUGUGAUCAAGGGCACGAUGCUGGCGCACAAGGCGGAAGAAGAGGGAAUUGCGUGCGUGGAGAACAUUGUCGGCAAGCACGGCCACGUGAACUACGGCGCGAUCCCGAAUGUCAUUUAUACGUUUCCGGAAUUGGCGUCAGUGGGCAAAACGGAAGAGGAGCUGAAGGCCGAGGGCGUCGAGUACAAUGUGGGCAAGUUCCCGAUGAUGGCCAACAGUCGGGCUCGCACGGUGGCCGAGGCGGACGGAAUGGUGAAGGUGCUGGCGGACAAGAAGACGGACAAGUUGCUUGGCGUGCACAUCAUUGCCAGCAAUGCCGGAGAGAUGAUUUCGGAGGGUGUGAUUGGCAUUGAGUACGGCGCUGCGAGUGAGGACUUGGCGCGCACGUGCCACGCCCACCCGACGCUGAGCGAGGCGUUCAAGGAGGCCUGCCUUGCUGCCCAUGACAAGUCCAUUAACUUUUGA